CUGAAACAUCAAACACCUCGAUCCUGAAUGACACAAAAUCCCACAGAGUGGCAUAUACUCGUCCGUAACAAGGGAAUAAUCGACCGCGAACACUCGGAGGCUGGCUGUGAACGAGAUUCAGGGUGGAUUUGAGAACGCAAGAUCGCGAGGGCCUAUCAAAUAUGUCCUCUUCCUCGCAGGCAUCUUCCAGGCGGCAGUGGUGCUACCUCUGCGACCUGCCGAAGAUGCCGUGGGCCAUGAUCUGGGACUUUAGCGAGGCGGUGUGCAGAGGCUGCGUCAACUACGAGGGCGCGGACCGGAUAGAGCUGCUCAUCGACACCGCGCGGCAGCUCAAGCGGACACAUGUGAUGCAGGACGGCAGGUCUCCGGGUCCGCAGCCCGGCGGUAAACACGGUCCUGCGGGUAAGGAGGGUCCUAUGGAGGCCGGCAGACCGCCCUCCGAGCGAUACGAACGGGGAAGGGGCGAGUAUGUGUCCGCCAGGCUGCCCAACGGGCUGCCCAGAUUAGAAGACGGAGGUCCGCCUGAGGUUAGUAGGCAGAGCCCUACUGCGAGGAGGACUUUGGUGGGGGCUGUGCCACCCAAUUUGAUGGCCCAAGGGCUCGUGGGAGCACCUCACGGCCUGCUGACCGCAAUGCCCCUUAAUCCCCGAGCUGGCAGUGCCGCCUUGACCAUUCCUGCCCCCAUGCUGAAUGAAAUCAGCAAAAGACAGGCCCUGAGCAUGGGGUUGAGUGUGGGUGUGCCGUCUUUCAUGGCCCCCGAGUUCGAAAAGGAGUUCAAGGAGAAGCAGAGGAAUGCUGAAGCCCUGGCAGAGCUCUCUGAAAGCGUGCGCAACCGGGCAGACGACUGGGCAGGACGCCCUAAACCCAUGCGGGAUGCCCUGCACACCCUAUCUGGCUGCACCCCGUUCAAUGUCCGCUUCAAGAAGGACCACGGCCUGGUGGGAAGGGUUUUCGCGUUUGACGCCAAGCUGAUGGUGGAGUUUGAGCUGAAGAUCUUCAUCGAGUACCCGUGCGGCUCUGGUAAUGUGUUUCCCAGCAUACUGGCACUGGUCAAGCAUAUGUUCCACGACUCUCAGAAAGACACCGGCAAGGUCAUUAAUUCAGGCUACAAGUAUGUUGAGUAUGAAAAAAGGCAUGGCACCGGUGACUGGCGCCUCUUGUCAGAGCUCCUCAGCGAUGCAGUGCGGGCAUUCAAAGAAAUGCCAGCCCCAGAUGCCCUCCCACAGCCGUACCUGGAUGCCAGCUGCUCCAUGCUGCCCACUGCUCUCUGCCACAUCGGCCGCCCAACACAACCCAGAGUACGCAGACGCAAAGCAUCACCUGACCCAGACGGCGCAGAGAGGAUGAGCUCUGAGGAGCUGCGGCAGCACUGGCCGCUCAGUGCGUAUCCUGGCAUUCCCGGGCACAUGCCAGCCACCUCACUAGCCAGCGCAGGACAGGCUCCAGAGGGCCACGGUAGUGACCCGUCACCCAUCACAGCGCUCAUGAGUGUGGCUGACAAUGUUGGCACUGCCUCCUCGAAAGAUGGUCCAGGCAGCAGCGGGCACUCUGCCAAUGCAGGCCGGCAGAACAGCACCAGUCCUUCACCUGGUGGUGGUCAGCGGAGACUGGCGUCCCGAAAUGGAGAACCGUCUGCUGGCAGCAGCACAGGAGGCCCGGCCACCGUCACUGACCAGAGUGCAGUUAUGGGGGGUGAGGGUUCAGCUGGCGGUGGCGGUGCCCCUCUGUGCUGCACCAUAUGCCAGGAGCGUCUGGAGGACACCCACUUCGUCCAGUGUCCAUCAGUGGCCGGGCAUAAGUUCUGCUUCCCCUGCACCCGGGACUUCAUCCGCAGACAGGGCCCAGGGAGUGAGGUGUACUGCCCCAGUGGAGAGAAGUGCCCUCUCGUGGGCUCCAACGUGCCGUGGGCCUUCAUGCAGGGCGAGAUCUCCACAAUCCUGGCCGGUGAUGUGAAGGUGAAGAAGGAAAGAGACCCCUAACGCCACCAGCAGAACUCAAACCUCACCCUGAGGAAGCUGCGAUCAUAAUCCCCGAAGCCGGCCGAUGCACUCGAGUGUGCUCAAGAGACGCCGCUGGUUGCCAGAUCCUCUUCCUCCCUCUUCUGCCCACCCGCUUUUCCUCCCCUUCACCUUUUCUCUUUCAGUCCGAGACGGAGGAGAACACACAGCCAUGAUUCUCUUCAGAGAUACCCAUGUAUUAAACCCUCCAGCACUUACUUCUGA